GUUGUACGUGAAGUGACUUGGUUUAUUCACCAAUGGUUGAUUCAAACUGACACAGCGUAUUUACCAAGAUGAUGAAAAGUAUUACACGAGAAGGGGAGUAGGGAGGGUCAGUGUUUGCUCUGAAGUGAUGGUGCGGUCUGCGUUUUUUACAGUCUCAUGCUUGGCUUAUCCUCGACUGUUCUGGCUGAUUUGAUAGGAUUACAAUGCAGGCUAUGUAGCCUAUUCAAAAGUUAACAACACGCGAGCUCAAUUAAGACUGGAACAUGUCUCUGGCAAAAAACAAUCGAUAUUCGGAAGAAAGGUCCAAAUGUGUUGCCAGAAUCUGGAAAGUGUUUCCUCAUGUUUUUCUCAUAGUUUCACUCAUUGGAUAUGCCGCAUUGGGCGCGAUAUUAUUCAACUAUGUCGAGGGGAACAGUGCGCCCACAGGAGAAGAGGAUUAUGAUAAUUUUUUAUGUGACAUAGUAAGGUUGAACAGGUCAGAUAAUUCGUCUUGUACUCGAGAAGAAGUGAAAACAGUAAAGAUGAAAAUCAAAGAAGAUUUUAAGUCUAUUUGGCUUCAGCAUCCCACCAGAUGGACAUUUUUUGGAUCCUUGUUCUUCUGUUGCACUGUUUUUACAACUGUUGGUUAUGGAGAGAUUUUUCCAGUGACAUUGGCUGGGAAAAUGGUAUGUAUCUUGUAUGCCAUGCUGGGAAUUCCCCUUAUGCUGCUGGUCAUCUCGGAUGUAGGGGACAUUCUCGCCGUGCUUCUCUACAAAGGAUAUCUCCGCCUGCACCGCCUCUGCAAGCUUCUCUACCGCACCUGGUCCCCAAGGCGGGCCCAGGGGAAAUCUGGGGACAUUUCUAUGCAGGAUGGUACCUACAUCUUCAACCAGGAGAUGGUGGUCCACGAGCCCAUGGACAUCCGGCACGUUCUUCACAGCCAGGCUGAUGUCAAGCGCAAGUCGAUCCAGCUGCGGAACAACACUGAGAUCUUCAAGCGCAUCAUCACCAGGGACAAACUGUCCAGAAAGGGGGCACUGAUGCGCAGCAUGUCUUGCCCCGAAUUGAACCGCAUGUCUCCUGUGCCCAAGGGCUUUGUCAUCUGGGAUUUCACAGGUAUAGGGGAGAGCAUGGAGCAUUUAGAUGUGCCUCUGGUCCUGAUCCUCAUUGUUGUGUUCACCUACAUUCUGUUCGGAGGCCUCAUCUUGCCCAGGUGGGAAACACAGAUAGGUCAGUUUGAUGCCUUUUACUUCUGCUUCAUUACGCUCACCACCAUUGGAUUUGGUGACAUUGUGCCCAACCACCCCAAGUACUUUAUGCUCACCUCCUUCUUCCUUAUUGUUGGAAUGGCUAUAAUGUCCAUGGCCUUCAAGCUGAGCCAGUUGCGUGUCAUUAGCUGCUAUCGCCGUUGCAUGCAUUGUAUCACAGGGGGAAAUGUGGAAAGCAAUGAGGAAGAGGAAAGUGAAUGAGCAGUAGAGGUCUCAACAUGGCCUGGGUGGCUUUGAAGUUCAAGGGCUUCCCCAUUUUGGGUUCAAGAUGGGUGUCAAAGGUUGACUGACUUGGGAUAUGGAAGCUUGGGGUGAAUCCAGAGCAUGAUGUUUGAGCCUACCCCAUUGUCAGUAGCAUGAUAAAAUGUACACGUCUGUGGCUUUACGGACUCUUUGAAUGGGGGCUCUAUCGCUCUUUUUUUUCUGUAUGUUCAAUCAAUGGCUCAAAAGCUGAGUUCAUCUCGACCUACUUGAUACUUGUAGUUUUGGCUGCAAUAGUCAAUCUAAGUUGGUUGGUUGGUCAGUUGAAAAUAACAUUCUUGUUUGACCUUUCCAUUUUGUUUUGAGUUUCGAUGUGUUCACAUCUUCCUAGAGCUUAAUUUCUGCUGUGCCUCACUUAUCUGGUUACUCUUGCAACCAACCCCUAACAAUAAAAAUGUUGACUUUAUUUGUCUACAAUUAAUUUAUUCUACUAAAUUCUUCCUCAAGGAUUGAUCAUUCUAAUAGGGAGUCAGAUGGCUGAGCGGUUAGGGAAUCGGGCUAGUAAUCAGAAGGUUGCCAGGUCGAUUCCCGGCCGUGCCAAAUGACGUUGUGUCCCUGGGCAAGGCACUUCACCCUACUUGCCUCGGGGGGGAAUGUCCCUGUACUUACUGUAAGUCGCUCUGGAUAAGAGCGUCUGCUAAAUGACUAAAUGUAAUAUUAAAUCUAAACAUCUAUAGCUUUGUGCCAAAAAUUGUGUUGUCACCUGAACUUAUAGCUUAUAUGCAUAUGCUCUUGCUUGCAGUUUGUUGCUUUCACAAUGCUGUUAAAACAGGUUCAAAUGUAUGUGUGACUUGUGAAUAUUUAAUUAAGAAGAACCUGAUGCCAUAAUUUAUAUCCUCACAUAUAGACAUAUUGCACUUACUAGUACAACUAUAUGUUUGUGUCAGCCAUUGAUGUCUUCUCCAGAGCCUGUGGCUCAGUAUAAAGCUUUCACUGAUACCCAACUGAUCCUCU